ACAAACGUACAGUUCCGUUCGUCGUCCGUCGUCUCUCUCUCUCUGUUUCGCGACAUCGAUCGCAUCGCCUGCCUCCUCAUCCGAGGAUCUCGCCGUACGGAUCGCAGGCAUGGCGUCGUUGCCGUUCGAGUACGAGGUGAGCCACAGCAGGGUGAGGACGAACGGGAUAUGGAUGCACGUGGCGGAGAAAGGGGAGGGCCCCCACCUGGUGCUCCUCCUCCACGGCUUCCCCCAGACCUGGUACGCCUGGCGCCACCAGAUGGCCUUCCUCGCCGCCCGCGGCUUCCGCGCCGUCGCCCCCGACCUCCGGGGCUUCGGCGACUCCGACUCCCCCCUCAGCCCCGCCGCCUACACCAUCCCCCACCUCGUCGGCGACCUCGUCGGCCUCCUCGACCACUUCGGUCAUCGCCAGGCAUUUGUGGUGGGGCAUGACUGGGGAGCAGUUGCAGGAUGGUUCCUGAGCUUGUUCAGGCCUGAUUUGGUGAAGGGUCUGGUUGCUCUGUCUUCUCCAUAUUCCCCCAGAUCUCCAGGUACCAGAAUUCUCGAAUCGUACAAGCCUCUUGGAGAUGGUUUCUUCAUCACUCAAUUUCAGAAGCCAGGAAGAGCAGAGCGGGCGUUUGCUAGAUAUGACUAUUUGACGGUGAUGAAGAAGCUUCUCUUGCACAACAAAAAGGAGAUACUAAUUGCUCCUCCUGAAAUGGAGAUCAUUGACUUCCUGGAAACUCCAGCCACAUUGCCCUCCUGGAUUACCGAAGAAGAUUUGCAGGUCUAUGCCGACAAGUUCCAGGAGUCGGGUUUCACUGGCCCUCUCAACUAUUACAGAGCUAUGGACUUGAAUUGGGAGCUUCUGGGGCCAUGGGAUGGGGCAAAAAUCACAGUUCCUACCAAGUUUAUAAUCGGCAACAAGGAGAACGGUUUCGAGGCAGCCGGUGCCAAAGACUAUAUACAAGGAAACAUAUUCAAGAACCUUGUUCCCAAUGUCGAGGUCGUCAUUCUAGACGGGCACCGUUUCAUCCAUGAGGAGAGAGCACAACAAGUUUGCGACGAAAUUCUCAACUUCUUCCAUAAACAUUCUAUUGAAUCACAACUUUGACUGGUCUUGAUCAUACUGCAGAAAGUUUCUCAACGUGCCAUUACCUUCCCCACUUUCUCCCACGGUGCAGUGUACGCGUCAAUGUCAGUUAAACAAAAGAAUGAGAUUGUCUUCAUAGUCAUAUGCUUCUUUGGUCCUUUGUGGAAUGAAUCGUGCAUUUUCGUCCUGAUGUCUUCCCUCGCUUCGCUCAACUUUAAUCUUGAGCUUUGGGUCCAUAAAGCUCGCAGCUUGUUUUUAUCGAGCAUCCUGGAUUCACUGGUUGACUGAACUAGCCUGCCAAGUUAUCUUGGGAACCUAAAUAAUUAAUCUUAAACGCAUAUGAUUUGAGGUUGGAACA